AUGUCACUGUACGCCAGUUUUGAUGUCUACUUCCCUAUCGUGGUAGCCGAAAUCGAGCAAAAUUCUCAGGCUUUAUUAAGAUGGAGUCUUCUCAUUGCUUUCUUCGGCGCCUUGGUCAUCUGGCCGUUCAAAAUGGAGGCUGGUAUGCCUAAACUACCGAUUGCAAUGAAGGAGGAAUUCCCAAGUCGGAAAAAGAGAAUUGAUAUUUUUAUCAAAGACACUCGAAGGCUACUCAUUGACAGUUGUAACAAGUUUCAGGAUCAGGUGUUUGGGAUCACAACUACGGAAGGAACCAAUAUCAUCAUACCUUUAGAUUUACUUCAUGGUCUUGGAAGUCAAAAAUCUCUGAGCUUUUCGGCGUUUCUAGAAGAAGAGUUUAGCAUGAAGACAUACACGAAAGUGGGAAAUCUAGACGAAAAGCAAAUCAGCCUUAUCAACAAAAAGCUCAACCCUACCCUUCCUCAAUAUAUCCCUGUUAUUCAACAGCUCAUCCGCGAACAUUGGCCCUUGCAGAAACUUGAGACCAGCACUGAUAUAAAACCGUGGCCACUCGUUAUGCGUCUUGUAUCUCGCAUAUCUACCAGAGUGUUCCUCAGCGCUGAUUCUGCUAAGAACGAUCGAUGGCUAGACAUCGCCAGUGAGCAUGUCCACUCUGUUGUUGUUUGGACAGAGAACCUCAAGAGAUGGCCCUCGAUCCUACGUCCUCUAGUGUACCGCUUCGUCAAAGGUCGAGGCUACAUGAUGCAGCGCUUCGAGGAAGGCAAAGCUCUAGUUGCUCAAACGCUAGAAAUCAAAAAGGCAAAAGGAGGCGAGCCGCUGAGUAGCCCUCCAACACUGCUAGAUUAUCUCUAUGACAGUGGGCUGGGGCCUGAUGAUGUGGAGGCGCAUACCAUCACCCAAAUCAACCUGUGUGUUGCUGCCAUCCAAUCUAUGGCUUCGACAGUGACACAAUGUCUUAUGGAUCUUGCCACCCAUCCUGAAUAUGCUGCUGAGCUCUUGGAAGAGUUCGACAUAAUGGUUGAAAAAAACAAUGGUGUGGCCGACAAGCAAGUGUUGACAAACCUGUGGAAGCUAGAUAGUUUCAUUAAGGAAACUCAGAGGUUAAAUCCUCCAGAUUUGACUAGUUUUCAACGAAAGGCUUUGUCGAGCUUGACCUUAUCAAAUGGACUUCGUAUCCCUAAGGGAGCUCGUAUCGUUCUUCCAACGGGGGCCAUCAAUAUGGACCGUAGGCUCUUUCAGGACCCAGAGCAGUUUGAUGGCUUCCGGUCUUACAGAAUACGAAUGGCGGAUGCAGAGGCUCGAAACACCAACCAGAUGGUCACGGUUGGAAAAAAGGAUCUGACAUGGGGUUAUGGAAGACACGCGUGCCCCGGUCGGUACAUCGCCGAAGUAGUCUUGAAGCUGCUUGUGAUCGAGUUCCUCACAUGUUAUGACAUUCGACUACCGGAUGAUAUCAAGGAAAGGCCAAAGAAUAUUGAAUUUGAGGGCUUGGUCAAUCCAGAUCCGGAUUGGAGACUGUCUAUGAAGCGUCGAUGA